AUGUUCGGCCUCAACAUGCUGCGCCCGCUCGGCGCGCGCGGGUUCUCCACCUCCGCCGUCGUCGAGAAGCUCAAGACGCACAAGGGUACCGCCAAGCGCUUCUCCAUCACCGGCACUGGUAUCGUGAGUUCUUCCCUUCCCAGCUUCGGUGUCCCGGCAGCUGACAGACAGUACCGUCACUGCGGCAAGACGCACCUGAACACGAAGAUGUCGGGCAGGACUGGCCAGAGCCUCCGCGGCUACGGAUACAUCGCGAAGGGAUCUCGGAACCUCCAGCGCCUCAUGCCCUACCUCUAA